AGCCGGCGGGGCCAUGACCUCGGUGUGGAAGCGCUUGCAGCGCGUGGGCAAGCGGGCCGCCAAAUUCCAGUUUGUGGCCUGUUACCACGAACUGGUGGUGGAGUGCACCAAGAAAUGGCAACCGGAUAAGCUGGUGGUAGUGUGGACCCGGAGGAACCGACGGAUCUGCUCCAAGGCCCACAGCUGGCAGCCAGGCAUCCAGAACCCAUACCGGGGCACCGUGGUAUGGAUGGUACCUGAGAAUGUGGACAUCUCUGUGACCCUCUACCGGGACCCCCACGUGGAUCAGUAUGAGGCCAAAGAGUGGACGUUCAUCAUUGAAAAUGAGUCCAAGGGGCAGCGGAAGGUGCUGGCCACGGCCGAGGUGGACCUGGCCCGCCACGCGGGGCCCGUGCCUACCCAGGUCCCGCUGCGGCUGCGGCUGAAGCCCAAGUCAGUGAAGGUGGUACAGGCCGAGCUAAGCCUCACUCUGUCCGGGGUGCUGCUGCGGGAGGGCCGCGCCACGGAUGAUGACAUGCAGAGCCUUGCGAGCCUCAUGAGCAUGAAACCUAGUGACGUGGGCAACUUGGAUGACUUUGCCGAGAGUGAUGAGGAGGAGGCCAAUGGUCCAGGGGUCCCAGAGGCGCGGGCACGUGGCCCUCAGCCAGGCCGGGGCGGUGCCCUGAGGCUGGGGCAUUUUCCAGAGACCCCUCGGGAGCUGAAGACACUUUGUGAGGAGGAGGAGGAGGGCCGAUUGCAGCCCCGGCAGGCAGCUGCCAGCCCUUCUAGUGCUGAGGAUACCAGCCCAGCCUCUGUGAGUGCCUCUGCGCCGCCAGCCAGGGCCUCCCGGGGCCAGGGCUCAGAACCAGCUACUGUAGCAGGGGGCCAGGUGGGGCUCAAGGUCCCAAGGCCCCCCGGAACCCCGCCGGAGACAAGGUCCUCAAGACAGCCAGGCCAGGACGUGGUCCCCACUCCGGCCCCUAGGCUCCGGAAAGGCUCUGAUGCCCCCUGGCCCCCAGUCCACCAAGGAGAGGAUGAGGCCCCCAAAGCCUCCGGGGCUCCCCCAGCAGGAGUGGAUUCUGCUGUGGAGACCCAGGCUUGGGCAAGCCCUCAGGAAGGGACAGAGGCCCAGGGAGCGGGGCUGGGCCCAGGCAUUGAGAACAGAGACUCCAGCAACUCUUUGGAAGGGCAGAAACCCAAGGCUGAGGAGGGGGGCACUGGAGACAGGGCAGAGGCUAGUGGGGUGGACACUGAACCUGGGUCAGGAGUCAGAGAGGUGAACAGCAAGAGGUCAGCGGUCAGAGCUGGGGAGGCUGAAGAGAGUUUAGAAAUCGGUCACGUGGAUGCAGAGCAGAGGUCAAAGGUGAAACCUGUGGACACUAACGGACCAGAGGCCACAGAGGUGACAUCUGAGGCAAGAUUCAAGGGGACUCCUGAGGCUCCUCCAAGGGGCUCUCAGGGGAGGACGGGGGUCAAGACCAGGGAUGAAGCUCCCACAGUCCUGAGCCCAAUGCCAGCAGAUCCUGCAGGGCAUUCCGGGCAUCUGGGUGACCUCAAGGCGGCCAGGGCUGCUGCAGGCCAGGAGAGAGAGUGUGCAGAGGUGAGGGGCAGAGACCCUGGUGUUGGGGGGACAGGCCUGGAGCAGGGACCCUCUGCUGGAGCAGCAAGCGCUGGGCCCCAGGUGAGCCGGUACCAGGGGGCCCCACCAGCAGCUGAACAAGGGGUGGUGUCCAGGGAUCUGAGGGUCUGGGAGGUAGAAACUGGGGAUUCGAGGGUCCUGGGAACAGAGACUGGGGUGGCAGAGUCAGAGUUAUUGGGGACCCAGGAGAUCUCAGGGUCCCCAGAGAUUGUGUCUGAGGCAGUAGAAGCGAAGACACUGGGGACCCAGGAGACAGAGGCAGUGAGAUUGGGGGUCCUGGAGUCAGAGGCUGCUGAGAUGGCAGGGUCUGAGGAUCUAGGGACCCAGAAAACAGGGGUAAGCAUUUCAGGGGCCUCAGGGACAGAGGGUGGGAUGGCAGAGUGUAAGGCAUUGGGGACCCAGGAAACAGAGGCUGGGGGUUCAGAAGUUCUGGGGACAAAGACUAGGAUGUUGGAAACUGAGAUAUUAGGGACCCAGGAGAUAUCUGGGUGCUCAGGGAUACUGAGAAGAGAAGCUGAGAUAGCAGAGUCUGAAAUACUUGGGGCUCAGGACACAGAACUGGGGUGUUCAGGGGUCUCAGAGAUAAAAUCCAACAUAAGAAGGAGCCAGGAGACAGAGGUAGGGGGUUCAGGGGUCCCAGGGACAGAGACUGAAGUAGCAGAAGCUGAGAUACUGGAGAUUCAGGAGAUUGAAGCUGGGAGUUCAAGGGCCCCAGAGAUGGAGACUGAGACAUUGGAGACCCAGGAGACAGAGGUAAGGGGCUCAGGGGUCCCAGAGAUGGAGACUGAGACAUUGAGGACUCAGGAGACAGAGGUAAGGGACUUAGGGGCCCCAGAGAUGGAGACUGAGACCCUGAGGACUCAGGAGACAGAGGUAGGGGACUUAGGGGCCCCAGAGAUGGAGACUGAGACAUUGGGGACCCAAGAGACAGAGGUAGGGGGCUCAGGGGCCCCAGAGAUGGAGACUGAGACCCUGAGGACUCAGGAGACAGAGGUAGGGGACUUAGGGGCCCCAGAGAUGGAGACUGAGACCCUGAGGACCCAGGAGACAGAGGUAGGGGACUUAGGGGCCCCUGAGAUGGAGACUGAGACAUUGGGGACUCAGGAGACAGAGGUGGGAGAUUCAGGGUCCUCAGGGUCAGAAGCUGGAAUGGCAGAGGCUGAGGCACUAGGGAGUCAACAGACAGGAACUACAGUUUUAGAGGCUGAGAAGGGAAAAGUUCGGACUUCUGGGGUCCAGGAGGCAGAGACUGGACCUGGGGAGACCUUCAAAUAUGAGGCUGUAGGGGUCCCAGUCAUAAAGCAUGAAGUUUUAGGAUCCCACGGAGCAGAGGCAGAAACUACAGUUUCAAGGGGCCAGGAGGUGGAGACUGGGAAUUGGGGAGUUUCGGAGGCCAAGUCUGGGAUUUGGGGGGCCAAGGAAGGAGAGAUGGAAGUUUCAGGGACUUCAGAGAACCCAUCUGGUAUUUUUGAGGCCCAGGAAGCAGAGGCUGGGGUCUCAGGAGCCGAGAAGGGAAAAGAAGCUGAGGGAAACCUCCCAGAGGCCAGCCUGAUGGAGGUGCAGGUGGCCAGUGGGGCAGGGGCUGGGGUGUCCAGGCCCUCCGGGGCCUCUUCCCCAGAGGAGCCUGAAGAGGACAGGAGGCUGCCGGGCAGCCAGGCACCACCUGCCCAGGUCAGCUUCAGCCAGUCCCUGCUAGAGUGGUGCCAGGAAGUCACCGCUGGCUACCGUGGCGUGCGCAUCACCAACUUCACCACGUCCUGGCGCAACGGUUUGGCCUUCUGUGCCAUCCUGCACCGAUUCUACCCAGACAAGAUAGACUUUGCCUCCCUUGACCCCCUGAACAUCAAACAGAACAACAAGCAGGCCUUCGAUGGCUUCGCGGCCCUGGGCGUGUCGCGGCUGCUGGAGCCGGCGGACAUGGUGCUGCUGUCGGUGCCCGACAAGCUGAUUGUCAUGACAUACCUGUGCCAGAUCCGCGCCUUCUGCACCGGGCAGGAGCUGCAGCUGGUGCAGCUGGAGGGCGGCGGCGGCGCGGGCACGUACCGCGUGGCCAGCGCCCAGCCGAACCCGCCCGAAGGAAGUUCCCAGAAGGCUCCGGGAGUCAGCACUCAGCUCACGCUCUUCAUCAGCUGUCAAAGGGAGGCCCCUCCUCCCCAUGAAGGCGCGCGCCCUGACCCCAGCCCUGCCCCUGGCCUUCCCGCAGCCUCAGCCCCACAGCAGCCCUCUGGUGGGACACCUCCUUCGGAAGAACCGCCCCCAAGCCCAGGGGAGGAUGCUGGGCUGCAACGGUUCCAGGACACAAGUCAGUACGUGUGCGCGGAGCUUCAGGCCUUGGAACAGGAACAGAGGCAGAUAGACGGGCGGGCAUCCGAGGUGGAGAAGCAGCUAAGGAGCCUCAUGGAGUCAGGUACUGACAGGCUGCAGGAGGAGGUACUGAUCCAGGAGUGGUUCACUCUGGUCAACAAGAAGAACGCUCUCAUCCGCAGGCAGGACCAGCUGCAGCUGCUCAUCGAAGAACAGGACUUGGAGCGGAGAUUUGAGCUGCUGAGCCGGGAGCUACGGGCGAUGCUGGCCAUUGAAGACUGGCUGAAAACGGCUGCGCAGCAGCGCCGAGAGCAACUCCUGCUGGAGGAGCUGGUGUCGCUGGUGAACCAGCGAGACGAGCUGGUCCGGGACCUGGACCAGAAGGAGCGGACCGCCCUGGAGGAGGAUGAGCGCCUGGAGCGCGGCCUGGAGCAGCGGCGCCGCAAGCUGAGCCGGCAGUUGAACCGGCGCGAACGCUGCGUGCUGAGCUGAGACUGCAGGGGCCCAGACGCCUUCGGUUCUCUCGGACCGCAGCCUUUCUCGCCGCCGCGCCGGAUCGCCGCUUUGGGCCUGCGCUCGGGAGGACCGGACCCUCCCCGGUGCGCGCGCGACCAGUAGGGGCCGCCGUGAUCCUUUAUUGGGAAAGAAAGCGCAGCCUUUCAGGCCCCGACGGACAAGGGCGGCCGCGCCGUCCAGGCCGUAUUUAUUAGUCCAUGUGAGUGAGUGUGCGUGUAUGUUCGUGGUGGACUGAGGGUCCCAGGCGUGCCCACCGAGAGCCCCUUCCCGAUGGCUGAACCCGGCCGGCGAGCUCCAGGGGGUGGGAGGGACGGCUGGUGAACUGCCGCGCUCAACACCCCGCCCCCCUUCCUGUUCCUCGCGAGCAAUAAAGUUGGAAAAGGCCACGCCA